CUUCCGGUGAGAGCGCCCUGGGUCUUUUCCUGCCGUCGCCGCUCCCACUGCCGCGAUGCUGUGGCUUUCUCUGGCCCGGGCUCGUUGUCUCAACCGGGCGUUCGGCCGCUCUCUCGGCGCCGUUCGACAGGGAAGUUGUCCACAGGGGAAAUGCUCGCUCUCUGGUAUUUCUCAAUGCCAAGGACCAGUUUAUGCCAACAGCAGGAAGCAUUUAGUAAAUGGCUCUCGUGUCUUCACUGUCCGUUAUUUCAGAACCACCGCAGCAUGCAGGGAAGACGUUGUUACCGUGAACACACCAGCAUUUGCAGAAUCAGUCACAGAAGGAGAUGUCAGGUGGGAGAAAGCUGUGGGAGACACAGUAGCAGAAGAUGAAGUGGUAUGUGAGAUAGAAACAGACAAGACAUCUGUGCAGGUUCCAGCUCCAACAGCUGGUGUAAUUGAAGCACUUCUGGUCCCUGAUGGGGGGAAAGUAGAAGGAGGAACACCCCUGUUCAAACUCAGGAAAAGCGGAGCUGCACCUGCUAAGGCAAAACAAGCAGCAGCUCCUUCAACCCCUGCCCCAGAACCUGCGGUGGCUGCAGCCCCUGCUGCUGCACCUCCCCCUGCAGCACCAGUCCCCACUACGAUGCCUCCAGUGCCCCCUGUGUCGACACAGCCUAUUUAUGCUAAACCAGUGUCUGCAGUAAAGCCAUCUGCAGCUCCACCGGGUGCUCCUGCUGUGGAACCUGGGGCCGGCAAAGGUGCCAGAUCGGAGCAGAGGGUGAAAAUGAACAGGAUGCGUCAGCGUAUCUCUCAGCGCUUGAAAGAGGCUCAGAAUACAUGUGCCAUGCUGACUACCUUUAAUGAAAUUGACAUGAGUAUGAUUCAGGAAAUGCGAGCUCGGCACAAAGAAACCUUCCUGAAGAAGCACAGUCUGAAGCUUGGCUUUAUGUCUGCCUUUGUGAAAGCUGCAGCCUUUGCCUUGCAAGAGCAGCCCACUGUAAACGCAGUGAUUGAUGAUACAACCAAAGAGAUCGUAUACAGGGAAUAUGUGGAUAUCAGCGUUGCCGUUGCAACUCCCAGGGGUCUCGUGGUGCCAGUCAUCAGGAAUGUAGAAACAAUGAACUUUGCUGAUAUUGAACGAAGCAUCAGUGAGCUGGGAGAGAAGGCACGUAAAAAUGAGCUUGCCAUUGAGGAUAUGGAUGGCGGCACAUUCACCAUCAGUAAUGGUGGCGUAUUUGGAUCCCUUUUUGGGACACCCAUCAUCAACCCCCCUCAGUCAGCUAUCCUGGGCAUGCAUGGCAUCUUUGAUAGACCUGUUGCUAUUGGAGGCAAAGCUGAAGUGCGACCAAUGAUGUAUGUGGCCCUGACCUACGAUCACCGGUUGAUUGAUGGGAGAGAGGCAGUGACUUUCCUGCGUAAGAUCAAGGCUGUGGUGGAGGAUCCUCGUGUGCUGCUGCUUGACCUGUAGAGGGCAGCAGCAGCACCACCCCGUCCAGCAGAGCGAGGAUGCAGCACCAGCAGACAGAACAGAGGACAUUCAGGAAUCAGCAGGGCUUCAUUCCAGUCUCCGCCGCCGCCUCCUCCUCUCAGUGGCAGAGGUUGCUUUGAAACAAACCCCAAGGGUAGUGUGCCAUCCACUUUUCCUGUGUAUUCAGGUGAUGGGUCACUUUCUUACCAGGGCAAACAAGUAGCUGUUAUAGGCUGUUCUGGGAUAGCCUACUGUUUUCACUCACCUUUCUCCUGACAUUCUUGGGGAUUGAAGCUGCUUGGCUAGAGCUUCCCUUCUAAAGCUCCUGCUGCACAGAAUUUUUGUUUGAAUUCAUUAUCACCAAGACUGGGUGCCAGGAGAGGAAAGCCGGUUGCUGGGUCUGUACUCAGCUUGAAGGGGCUCUAGCUCUCUCACACCGCAAAGUUUGCCCGGGGUCCACUGAAGUGACUGUGUCGCAGUGCCUGCUCUUACACACUUCCAGCAAUGGAGAGUAAAUCUUUACUCCAGCCAUCUGGCGGGUUUUUUUUUUUUUAACUUUAGCAGAGGUGAGGCAGCUGCCCAUGGGCUACUCCCUCCUCAGCUAUCUUCUACUCCCGGUAGUACUAGCCGAGAGGCAGUUCUAGGAUUGCUUUCAAGAGACUUCCUCCCCGUCUUCUGCUAUACUGUACUCUCAGGAGCAAGAAGGUAGAAGAAAGAGGUCUUGCUCUCCUCCAUGAAGCUUUCUUUGGUAUUUUAACCUCUGGUAAGGCAGAAUUGGCAUCCCCUGUAGCUAUUGGACUUGGUUCUCACAUUGACUGGAGAUUUGGGGAAGGUGGCAACCCUCUGCAGCUGUCCUGUGUCCAUCUGAUCCUCAGUGGAUGGCUCUAUCAACUUCCUGUCUGCAGUGACUGGGCCUGAUUGUAUGCUGAUGAUAAGGGUUGGGACUAGGCCAUUGCUGUGGCUUGUUUUCUCAGCCCAAAGCCUGCUGGUUCAUGGGGACAUAUCCUUAGUACAAUAGUGUGCACGUGUAUUGUUGAGUGAGAGGGUUGCUAGUAUCUGCAGGGUUUAUUACUCUUGUCUGCCGCACAAAACUUGUAAUUAAACUAUUUAACUCAACAGAUUUUAAAUGAAAUAAAACAAGGAAAUUAUGUCUGUG